AUGACAUCGUCACAAUCCCUGUCGCUCGACAUUGCGCCCGCCAUGUUUGCGAAAACAUCACUCUGCUCUGCUUGCAAGCGACCAGUGGCUGCCCGCCUGCUGUGGUCUCCACAGACCCCAUACCUACGUGCAUCACCGGCAUUGGGUCUCCCGCGCCGCAGGAACUUCUUCUCCUCCAAAUCUUUCCUGGCGCAGAACCAGGUGAAAGAGAACGACGGGCCAUUGGACAAUCCAGAUUCCCAGAAGCAGCGACGGCACAGCGGGAGACUACCUGCUGCUCCAACGUCACUGCGACGAGUUGCAGUAGAAGCGCAAAGAUCGAAAGAUGGUAUUCUUUCGAAAGCCCAGCUCAAGGAGCAGGGCAUUGACCAAUCCAAGACAGUCACUGCCUACGCCAUAGCCGAACAAUUCAAUAUACGCAAAGUACGAGAAAUUCUACAAGAAAAGGGCUAUGAGCCUGAUCCGUUAGCCACGGGACUCUAUCCGCACGUGGUUCACGUACAGAUACCUAUCGAUUCCAUCCGUCGGGUAGGAAACCCUUCAACUACCGAUCUACCAUCGGAUGAGGUUGGCGAUGUCUUUGUCUUUCCGUCUGGAACAGUAGUGGCAUGGUCACUCCCGGAUAGGUUCACCUCGUUCUUGGCGACGAGAACUCUACUUCCGGCUGCUGAAGGUGCUCAUGUCGACAAUUUGGAAACGGAAGAUCUCGAAUUUGUUGAGGAUCCCCAGCGAGAAAACAGCAGCAUCAAGGGCGACACCAUCAUUCUAGGCACUAGGUCGGGCGAUCACGGACCGGAGAGACCGCGUGCAAAUCAACAAUCGGUUGACACGGUUCUAACCAAAGUCGCAUUCUCGUCCGGCCUGGCACGAAGUACCAAGCUUGCAGUGCUGGAGAGUCUUUUAUCAAACUAUUUCGAAUCCACCCGCACCAUUCCCACUCUUCUCUCCCAGGGCUCGCGCCUUCCCUUUACUCGAGAUUUUGUCCUUCGCAAGACGGGCCAGCUGCUCAGUUUUCGUGCACAGCUCAACCUUUACUCGGAGCUUACCGACUCUCUCCCGGACCUCUUUUGGGACAGUCGACAUGAGCUCGGCUUGGAGGGAUACUAUGAGCAAGUGGGUCGAGCUCUCGACGUGGGAAUCCGCAUCAAGCUUCUGAAUGAGAAGAUGGAUUAUGCACAAGAGAUCGCAAGUGUCCUCCGCGAGCGUCUGAGUGAAACCCAUGGACUGCGGCUUGAAUGGAUCAUUAUUCUGCUCAUUGCUGUUGAGGUGGGCUUCGAGGUGCUACGGUUGUGGAAGGAGAGGGUUCACGAGGAAGAAGAAAAAGUGCGCAAGCGAUCAUCUGAAGCUGAAAAUGUGUAA